GUUCAUCCUAUGCUCACAUAUGGCUUGUCUUACGUCAGCACAGGAAGUGGUCAAAUCAGCCGUUGAAAUCCUGACUUUGGAGCAAUGUUCACGGACUCUAGUAUUUGGCUCUCUAUUAGAUGCAAUGAUGAGUUCGUGCAGCAGCCGGGCGUUGACCAUCCUGUCCACGGUGUUCGGGGCCUGCGGGUUGCUGCUGGUGGGCGUGGCCGUGUCCACAGACUACUGGCUCAUCAUGGUGGAGGGAGUCAUCCUGCAGCAGAACCAGACAAUGGAGGUCAAGAUGGCUCUGCACUCGGGCCUCUGGAGGGUUUGCUUCGUCGCCGGGUCAGAAAACGGGCGAUGUGUAGCAUCCGAGUACUUCACUGAACCUGAAAUCGAGAUCACCACAGAAAACACGGCAAACAUCCUCAAGAUGGUGCGCACCGCCACUCCCUUCCCCAUGGUGUCGCUGCUCUUCGUCUUCACCGCCUUCGUCAUCAGCAACAUCGGACACAUCCAGCCUCAGAGGACCAUCCUGGCCUUCGUCUCCGGGAUCUUCUUCAUCCUCUCAGGCCUGAGUCUGGUGGUGGGCUUGGUGCUCUACAUCUCCAGCAUCAACGACGAGGUGAUGAACCGACCCAGAGAACCCGAGCAGUUCUUCAACUACCACUAUGGCUGGUCCUUCGCCUUCGCCGCCUCCUCCUUCCUGCUCAAAGAGGGCGCGGGUGUGCUGUCCGUCUACCUCUUCAUGAAGCGAUACGCCGAGGAGGAGAUGUACCGCCCCCACCCGGCGCUCUACCGCCCCCGCCUGUCUGAGAGCAGCGACUACAGCGGCCAGUUCCUCCACCCGGAAUCCUCCUGGCCUCCGCCGCAGCGAGGCCGCAGCACCUCGGAGGCGUCCAGCGACAUCUCCAUCCAGCUCAACCGACCGCCGCCGCCGCCGCCGAAAAGCGGUGCCUCGAAGGCCGGCCGGGGCAGCCCGCCGCCCGGGCCUUCGCCCGCCUACCCCAACCCCCCGCCGCCGCCGCCGCCAUCUUCCGGGCACACCCUGCCCAGGUUGCCUCACCCCCAAGGCCAGGGUCUGGCGAUGCCGCCGCCGCACGUGCCGCCCCCCCACUACCACGCACACAUGCACAUGAGCGCCUCCCCCUGUUAGGAAGGUGUGGCGUUCAGGAGCAGGAAGGACUGUUCGGACAUUUUACGCACGCCGCCAAAACAUGGAACCUUUUGACUCCAUGGAAUGUGACUUCAUCAUCUUCUUACAUCAUCAGCGCGUCUUUAUUUGUCACCGCCAUAGGAAAAGGAGAUUCAUUUAGCCCGGUUUACCCGACACAUGAAACGUGACGAAUUAGGGCGGUCGGACUAUCCACUUUAUACUGUAUAUCCUACAACGUGUUUUGUGACGAUUCCAACUUUGACCACGACCGUGUAGCGUGACGCUUUCCAUCAUUUCCAACAGACUGCAUUGCAAAAGGAUUAACCCUCCUCCUCUUAUGCGAGAUCCACCCAGGAAGGGGGGGCCGUAUGGACUAUGUGGCUUUGAAGGGAAAGCACUCAUGACUAGAUGAGGCAAUUUCCCACAAGGAAUUGCGUGUGAAUGCUCCAAUGCUGACGUUGAACUGAAAUCCUGGAAUUUUUUUCGAAUUGUUGAAGUAGAACACACAAUUCCCGAACAGGCGGAAUAUUUUGAGGUUGGAACACUUUGAAUCAGAUGAAAAAUGUGGGAAU